AUGACACUUUUAUUUUUAUUUUUUCUUUUUUCUUUUAUAUUUAUUUCCAUCUUUUAUAUUUUAUUCAUUUUAUUUAUUAAUUUUUCUAAUUACACCAAUAUCCCACCAGGCCCUUCCACAUUCCCUAUUCUCACCAACUUCCUUUGGCUUCGCCAGUCCCCUCUUGAGCUUGAAUCUUUGUUACGUAGUUUCAUUGCCAAAUAUGGCCCCAUCCUCACCGUCCACCUCGGCCCGGCGCCCGCCAUCAUCAUCUCCGACCGCUCCAUCGCCCACAAGGCCCUCGUCCAAAACGGCGCCAUUUUUGCUGACCGCCCCCACGCCCUCUCCGUCAAUAGGAUCACGGCUUCUGCCAACCUCGACAACAUCGCCUCUGCUUCUUAUGGCCCCACUUGGCGCCUUCUCCGUCGCAACCUCGCGGCAGAGAUGCUCCACCCUUCGCGGGUCAGGGCUUAUUCCCGGGCCCGCAAGUGGGUUCUGGACAUCCUCAUCGCUCGCCUUUCGGCUCGAUCGGGAUCCGAGGGCGGCUCGGUUGUUGUUGAGCAUUUUCACUUUGCUAUGUUUUGUUUGUUGGUUUUGAUGUGCUUUGGAGACAAGUUGAAUGAGACACAGAUCUUGGAGAUUCAGCAAGUACAGCGUGAGAUACUUGUAAAUCUUCAACGAUUUGUUAUACUUAAUUUGUGGCCUAAGUUGAUGAAGAUUUUGCUUAGAAAGCGCUGGAAGGAAUAUUUACAACUCAAGAGCAAACAACAAAAGGUCCUAAUCCCAUUUAUCAAGGCUCGAGAAAAGGUCAAAGAAGAAAGAUCAAAAACAAAAGAAGAAAAGGAAGAAUUUGUGGUAUCUUAUGUUGAUACGCUGCUCGAUUUGCAGCUCAUCGACGAGAAAAGAAAGCUUAAGAACGAAGAAAUGGUGAAUUUAUGUUCAGAGUUUCUCAACGCCGGCACCGACACCACCGCCACGACAUUGCAAUGGAUCAUGGCGAAUUUAGUGAAGUACCCACAAAUUCAACAAAAAUUAUUUGAAGAGAUCAAAGGAGUUAAGGGAUCCAGUACGAAACAACAUGAAUUACGGGAGGAAGAGGUGAAGGAAGAAGAUUUAGGGAAGCUUCCAUAUUUGAAAGCAGUUAUUCUAGAAGGAUUAAGAAGGCAUCCACCAGGGCAUUUCAUGUUACCACAUGCAGUGAAAGAAGAUACAACGUUGGAGAAUUAUUUCAUACCCAAGAAUGGAAUUGUGAACAUCUACGCAGUAGAGAUGGGAUGGGAUCCACAAGUAUGGGAAGAUCCGAUGGCGUUUAAGCCGGAGCGGUUCAUGAGCAAUGUCGGAGGGGAGACGACAUCGACGACGUUCGAUAUAACGGGGAGCAAGGAGAUUAAGAUGAUGCCAUUUGGAGCAGGGAGGAGGAUUUGUCCAGGGGCUGGUUUGGCAAUGCUUCAUUUGGAAUAUUUUGUAGCAAAUUUGGUUUGGAGAUUUGAGUGGAAAGCUAUGGAAGGAGAAGUUGAUUUAUCAGAGAAAAUGGAAUUCACCAUUGUAAUGAAGAAUCCUCUCAAAGCCUAUAUUCAUCCAAGGUUUUAG